CGAACGCAACGCAUGUUAGGUGUUCCUGUGGCUUGUUUUGGUUGACAAAUGCUGCAUGACUUAGCAUGGCGAUCCCUAUAGCCAUCUUGGACUGUGAUCUACUCUUACAUGGUCGAGGUCAUAAGACCCUGGACCGCUUUGACCUGGACUCUGUCUCAGAUAACUUCCUCCUAACACAAUUUGGCUUCCCCAGAGAGUUUAUUCUGUUUCUGGUGGAAUUACUCAGAGAGGCUCUAUGUAGACGUACCCAGCGGUCCAGAGCCAUCAGUCCUGAGGUCCAGGUAUUGGCUGCUUUGGGCUUUUACACAUCUGGCUCAUUCCAGACAUCUAUGGGAGAUACUAUCGGGAUCAGCCAGGCUUCGAUGUCAAGAUGUGUGUCCAAUGUGACCAAAGCCCUGGUGGAGAAAGCUCCUCAGUUCAUCAUGUUCAACAGGGAUCCCUCCAGCAGAGAGCAGUCCUUCCAGGAGUUUCAGAGAGUUGCAGGAUUUCCAGGAGUUCUGGGGGUGCUGGACUGUGUUCAGGUUGCCAUCAAAGCUCCAAACAGCGAAGACUCGUCGUAUGUGAACAAGAAGGGGUUUCACUCUGUGGGCUGCCAGCUGGUUUGUGAUGCCCGAGGACUGUUACUCAGCGCAGAGACCCACUGGCCCGGUGGACUCAAAGACACCGAUGUUCUAGAAAGAUCUGCUCUCCACAAACAGCUGCAGGACACAGAGAAGGGCUGGCUGCUGGGUGACUGUCGUUACCCUCUGAGGAAGUGGUUGAUGACCCCGGUUGACAAACCAGAAUCCCCUGCAGAGUUUCGAUAUAAUCUGGCCCACACUGCUACACAUGAGAUAGUGGACAGAACCUUCAGAGCCAUCCAGACCAGAUUCAGAUGUCUAGAUGGCACCAAAGGAUACCUACAGUAUUCUCCAGAGAGGAGCUCGUCCAUCCUGCUGGCCUGCUGUGUCCUCCACAACGCCUCCCUGCAGUCUGGACUAGACGCCUGGACCCUGGAGAGGACCGACCCUCUGGAGCAGCCCGAGAGCCUGGAACAGAGACCUGAGGACCGCGACAGCCAGGCAGAGGACCUCAGACAACAGCUCAUACUCAAACACUUCAGCUAAAGCACUGGCUGGACUCGGGACUCAAGUCGAGUUCAUGAAGACGUCAAAGAGAUGAAGAUUAUGUCAAGACUGGAACCAGAGCAAAUCAAGUCACAAAAGUCACAUAUAAAGCAAGAACUUCUAUAGACGCAGUGUUGCUGAUGCAGUUUUUUAAUAUUUUGCUGGUUUCUACUCUACUGACUACACUAAGAUAAUAUAGUUAUAUAUGGAGGAACAUGCAAGACACUAUACAACAAACCAAGACAACAUUAUAUCCAAACACAUUUCAAACAACUGAACUCAUUGGGAAGUGCUGGAUUAUUCUCUCUGGACUCCAAAUGUUCAUGGAGAUGUUAGAAUAAUCAAGCACUUGCUGGUGUUGUACAACUAUUCAAACUGUGUGAAGCUACUGUGUCGUCCAGGUUUCUUUACAAGUGGAAAAAGUCACCCUCCCUGCUAUUUUUUAAAAUCCCUCCCCACCUUCUUCCCCAAAUAUCCACUGUUUUUUCUCCUAUUUUUUCCCUUUCCCACGUAAUUCCACAGGUUAAAAUCUUGGACUAUGUCACAAUACAAAAACAAGGCCCUUUAUUUACAACAUCUGCACAUUAAGUUGUCAUUAUUUAUGUACACUGGUGCAUUAAGACUGUUAAAGGCGAGAAUGACAGGAUGGUUGUGCAACGGGCUGCAGUCACGUGAUGUCUUUGUGUACGCUUAGCAUGAGGGACACAAAAUGAAAUGAACAGAGAAGAAAAAUAGAAAAUCUUAGUGAACUGUAAUGUUGUGAAGAUCAAAAAGGAUUUCUGGAUGUUUUAUGGUCAGAGUUUGUAAUUGUUUCCUCAAGGAUUUGGACUGGGACAGUGAAACAUCUGUUUUCAUAACUUUUAAUUUGAAGGAAUACCAUGACGAGUAUCAUUGAUUUUUCUCACAUUGUCAGAAUAGUGGUGAAGAAAUAAAAACUUUUUUCUAAUGUCCUGGUGUUCCUUCAAAUUGUGGAGAGAACAAAGCUAGCGGUGUUUUACUUCCUGGAAUGUUUUAGUCCCCUGAUUGGCUUCAUCAAUAUAUACACACUUUCUACAAACAGGAAUAAAUACAACAUGCACUGCUGUCGCAUGAGCUCAUUUAGUUAAUGUUUUAGAUGUUUCCUCUGCUGCUUCGAGGUCAUAGGAUGUUUUUAUAGCAGAAAAAUAUUUAUAUUACACAUUAUUGACCGUAUUAUAAUUUUUACAGGUUUGCAGUUGGUUUGUGAUAAAUUUCUUUGGCUUUCUGGGUCAAGAACUUUAACUUCUGGGUAAAAUUGGAUUUUUUUCAAUUGAUUUUUAAAUCAUAAGGGAAUAAAAAAGACCUGCAGAGGUUUUCAUACGACAGCAGUGAAACAUAAAGACUGUAUUACAGUUAAAAGACACAAACAGAUCAUGUCAAAGUUUUACAAUCCAUGACACACCAUGUAAACUACACACCAUCAUGUAAAACUUCACAUCAUCCUAAAUGCCAAAACACAACAUACAAUUCCUUUUUUUUUUUUGCAUAAAAUAAAUAUGCCCUUUUUUGAUGCUCAGAAUAUAUUAUAAGUUGUAUUUUUGUGUUUUUUUUGUAAACAUUAUUUAGAAAAAUGAGACAAUAAGAUAAACUAACUUUAAAAACA